AUGAAGAUGAUGAGAGUGAAAGUCAUCUUGCUCCUGGCUGCAACUGCCCAAGGCAGCUUUUCCGGCGAGAUGGAGUGCCCUUGUAUUACAAGUAGCUCUGCUCUAUAUGCAGGCUUGACAAGUGAUCUGGUGGCUUCAGGGCUGCCAAUGAGUUAUGGCACGCAAGGAUGCGAAGCUUAUGACAAUGAAACCAACUAUACCACGAAUUGCCUGAAGAACUCGGAAGAGUACUGUUUGCAUCAGUGGUGCUACGUCGAUAUGACGAUGUGCCCGAAAGACAAGCAACUUUGCGAGGCUGCUGGGGGCAAGCUCGGCAGCGACGUCUCUCCCUACUGCCGUACCCGGCCCAACACCAUGUCCAGCCUCUACGAUGCCACACUACCGUACUUCUACAGCUACGAGACCUGCGGCUUCAAGAACAAGUACAACAAGACAAAACUCUACGAGCCCAUCGUCGACCAUGUCAUGAAAGUGCAGUUGCUCGAGUCCAGCCCAUGGCUCUUCAAGCGCGAAGACGGGACGACUUGGAGCGGGCCACUCUAUGAUUUCUUCACAGAGUCGCUGAAGCACUUUGCUCCAGCCCCUGCAUUGAAUCAUGAAACAGGCAGAAACCGCUCAGAUGGCACGGGCGCAUACCCGGCCUGUGUUGAUGAUGUUGCUGUUGGGAACGUUGACGUCUGUGUGGCGGAUCUCUGGGUCCUUCCAGAACGCUAUGCGCUGGUCUUCUUUCUUCCAGCCUUGAGAUAUGACCUCUUCUACCUAGUCGUGGAAAAGAAAGGGCUCGAAAACGUGAGCUUUCUCACUCGUUUGCAAAGGCCCUUUGUGCCCUUUACCCUUGGGGGCUGGAUGGCCAUACUUGCCUUUCUGUGCGGCUUUGCAACAGUCCUUUGGCUCAUACGGCUCGUUGAGAAAGCAAACGAAGCUCACGCAGCUCCCGAGGAGGAAAAAGCGAUCAAGGCGAAGAGCCAUUGUUUGGGCAUCUUCGGCACGUUUUGUGAGCUCAAUUGCAAAGGCGGACGAAGAGGUGAAGUCUGCAUUUUCCAGGCCCUGGUAAGCUACGAGGAUGACAUGGGGAGGGACGCCCUGGACUGGAUGGUCUCCGCCGCACAAACCCUGGCCUUCUCCAUCCUGCUGACUCCCUUGGCGGCUGCUGCUUGCGUUGUCCUCUUCAUGCACUCCGCAACCGUGGACCUCGACGAGCAUCUUCCCUUCCACCCACAGGAAGAUCGCUGCUACGAGGUCACCUUGCGGAACAUGGCAGUCUCAGGUGACACUCUCCGAAAAAAGGUAGAAGCCGAAGGAUCCCAGCUGUGCGCCCGCUGGGAGAUCGCUGGGCACCCUGAGAGCGCCACCAUCACCACCUUCCAAGCAGAUGCCGAUGGGGAGAUUCGCCUGGACGGCGUCAUGGCCUACCAUGCGAUCCUGGUCUCCAUCUACGCGAGGUCGAAGUCGUCCAUGCGCCUGCUGGGCAACGCCGCCAUCCCUGGUGAGAAGUUUGUCGAUGGCGGCUUUGAUGGUGAGCUGCAGCUUCAUCUGCGCGGCAAGAUGGUGCCGGAGGUUCACGUCAAGGUGUCCAUUUCCCCCGUACUCAGCCGCCAAGCGGCUGUGCAGCGGGGUCGCAGUAGCAUCCGACUGACCGUUCAGGGAAACAAUGUGAUGUCCCUCGAGGGAGAACUCGAGCAGGAGCUCGAGGAUUGUGGCAUCGCCUUCGACGACGAAUGCAGUUCAAACGUGAAAGCCUGCGAGCUUGCUUGCGAGCUUGCAGGCAUCAAUUUUGAGCCUCUUGAAAACGAGCCCUCACUUGCGGAGAUGACCGCAGACGACGACUUCCAAAGGAAGUGCAGCGAGCUGGGCAUCGUCUUCACGUCUGACGAGGAGCCGGACGCCUCGGAAGACCUUCGAGUCCGCGGAGUGCCGCAGGAUGACUUGGUCACCGUCGCCGUGAUGCCGUGCACCUAA